AUGGAUAUUUACGCCCAGGUGACAGGCCCAAAGCAGAGUUUGCUGGACACGCCCCUUCUUGGCCGUUUCUGUGAUAACAGUCUUUCUUACCUCCCUAAGUUGGUUAUCUCCACCAGUAAUAUCUUGGUACUGGACUUUUACUCAGAUGACAAAACCACUGAUGCCGGCUUCAAUGGAUCCUUCACAUUUAUCGAUGCAUCUGUGUAUGCUAUUGGUACACAAACAGACCCGGACACUUGUAACUUUACCAUCAAUGGAGUACGAAAGCCUUUUGGAUACAUUGUUUCUCCUACCUAUCCUGGGUUCUACCCUGACCGACUCCAUUGUAAUUACCUCCUCCAAGGAGCUCCUGGUCAACGCAUCCACAUCAAGUUUAUAGACUUCUCUCUCUAUCAUGGUGGAGAUUACUGCCCAUUUGACUACGUCAGGGUCAGGGACGGUCGUGACAGAUCAGCAACCAUCAUUGGUACCUUUUGUGGUAGCUAUAGAAAUGUGGAGUUUUACUCGAGUCAGGAGUUCCUUUAUAUCGAGUUUGUUACUAGUAGUGGACGUGUCGACCUAGAGAGUACCCCACUUGAUAACAAUGUCGAUUUCGCAUUCGACCGUAAAGGAUUCAAUAUAUCAUAUCAAUUCAGCAGUUCAUUUGUUAACUUAGAAUGUGAUGUGAAGAUCAUGAGUAAGAAGGGAUCCAAUGGCACUGUGAGAUCACCAGGGUAUCCCCGCGAUUACCCCAUCAAUGUUACGUGUCAUUACUACCUAGACGGUAUCAGCAAUCCAUCCAACUCUGAGAAGGUCAUGGUGUCAUUCACAGACUUUGAACUUUCUGGGUCAAUGGGCUCUGGAGAUGUGACCUCCUGUACUAGAGGCCAUCUCCUGGUAGAGGGUCAAAAGGUCAACAAUGGCACAGAAAAAUUUUGUGGGAAACUGAUACCCCCAGACCUUAACAGUAAAGACUCACGCAUGGUGCUUACCCUGGACACACAUGGAGCCUAUGCUAAAAGAGGAUUCUCUGCCAAUUUUGAGUUCAUCAUUGUUGAUGCUAUGUGUUUUACCUAA